CCGGCUCCGGUUCAGCCAGUGUUCUGCCCCGGGCGGCCGCGGUGCGGCCUGGAGUUCUCAGCAAGACUUGGGGCCGAACGCACCGCGCGGAGCAUGCAGCCGAGGACCCCCAAAGUCCCCACCACGGCCAGCAGGCACCCGUCCAGCACGAUCCCGGCGCGGGAGCUCGGCUGGGCAGCGGGCGUCCCGGGUUCCCGGCGGCUGGCGCUGCGUCGGCCCCUGGCCAGCCCCGUGGCGCACGGCGAUCGCGCCCUCCAGGCCCCGGCAGGCAGCAGCUUGUGUCCAAAGGUCGCCAUAGAGACUCCGUGCUGGAGAGGUGGCAACUCUGCUCUUAUUGACCGGAAUGCGGCAGAGGAAGAGGCUCAGGGACUAAAUGGAAACUCACCAGCAAAACUCACAGCUUCGAGCCCAAAGCCACAAGUGCCUCCAAAGCCAUUGCACCUACAGAAUUCACCUUGUCCCACUCUGCACCAGAGCUCUGGGUGCACAGCUUCACCCAGAACAAAGCCCAGCAUGGAGCAACUUCACCCUGGCCCAGCUCCCUGUGUGCCACAGGACAAGCCCAGUAAGGUGUCGGAUCUCAUCAGCCACUUCGAAGGGGGCAGCUCACUGUCAAAUUACAGUGACGUGAGGAAGGACUCGACUGUGGUGCUGAGCUCUCCCAGGAUCCCCGGCCGGCGUGGAGUGACAUCACCUCCUCACAGGCCCCCCACUCAGCUGCUGACUCCUAAGCAGGGCUGUGAUGUGGGACCCACUACCGGGGUCCAGACUUGUAUGGCCAACGGCGUGAUGGCAGCACCCAGCCCCGUUCAGAGCGAGGCACAGAGAGCCGCCCUGCCAGGCCCGGAAACGCCAGGUCAGGUGCCCAAAGCCUUGGUCAGUAGGAACUUUGUAAACGGAGAGAGGGGGAAGAUGGUUGCGGAUCCGACGCCCCCCAAUAUCCAAGAGGAUGCCGGUACUUCCCACGGUAUCUGCAGAGGUGCCAGCGGGGACCUUUUGGAGAAGGAGGCCCAGACAUUGGGGCAAGAAGGGGAUGACAUGGAGUCCAACAAGGCAGAGCAGCAGAACCAACCUGGCCCAGAGAAGCAGCAGGACCAAGGGGACCAGAUCCAUCUGCAGGACCAGCAGGACCAGCCGAACCAGGAGGACCAGCCGAACCAGCAGGACCAGCCGAACCAGCAGGACCAGUCAAACCAGCAAGACCAGCAGAACCAGCAGAUCCAGCGGGACCUGCAGAACCAGCGGGACCAGCAGAACCAGCAGGACCAGCAGAACCAGCAGAUCCAGCCAGACCAGCAGAACCAGCCGGACCAGCAAAACCAGUUGAACCAGCCUGAACAGCCCCAGGAGCUAAAGGAGACAAAUGAGCAAAAACUUCAUAAAAUAGCCAACGAACUUCUGCUCACCGAAAGAGCUUAUGUCAGCCGACUCGACCUCUUAGAUCAGGAGUUCUAUUGCAAACUAUUGGAAGAAGCGAACCGAGGCUCAUUUCCUGUAGAAGUGGUGAAUAAAAUCUUCUCUAAUAUUUCGUCCAUCAAUGCCUUCCACAGUAAAUUCCUCCUGCCUGAACUGGAGAAGCGGAUGCAGGAGUGGGAGACCACUCCGAGAAUCGGUGACAUCCUGCAGAAGCUGGCGCCCUUCCUGAAGAUGUACGGGGAGUAUGUAAAGGGCUUUGACUAUGCCAUGGAGCUCGUCAAGAGAACAAUGGACCGCAGUCCCCAGUUCAAGGCGGUGGUGGAAGACAUCCAGAGCCAGAAGGUGUGCGGCAACCUGACUCUGCAGCACCACAUGCUGGAGCCUGUGCAGCGCGUCCCCCGCUAUGAGCUGUUGCUGAAGGAUUACCUGCGCAAGCUGCCCCCGGACUCCCUGGAGUGGGGCGAUGCCAAGAAGUCUCUGGAAAUCAUUUCCACAGCAGCCAGCCAUUCCAACAGUGCAAUCAGGAAGAUGGAGAAAUUGAAGAAGCUGCUAGAGGUUUACGAGAUGCUGGGGGAGGAGGAGGAUGUUGUGAACCCAUCCAAUGAGCUCAUCAAAGAGGGCCAGAUCCUCAAGCUGGCGGCGAGGAACACAUCAGCGCAGGAGCGCCACCUCUUCCUGUUCAACAACAUGCUUCUCUACUGCGUGCCCAAAUUCAGCCUGGUCGGGUGCAAAUUUGCCGUGCGGACACGAGUGGGCGUUGAUGGCAUGACUGUCAUGGAGACUCACAAUGAGGAGUACCCCCACACUUUCCAGGUGUCUGGCAAGGAGAGAACCCUGGAGUUGCAGGCCAGUUCCGAGCAGGACAAAGAGGACUGGAUCAAGGCCCUGCAGGAGACCAUCGAUGCCUUCCAGCAGAGACAUGAGACCUUCAGGAGUGCUAUUGCCAAGGACAGCGAAGGUCCCAUUGAGGUUUCACAUGCCGAACUGGGGAAGAGAGCCCCACGCUGGAUCCGUGACAACGAGGUCACCAUGUGCAUGAAGUGCCGUGAGUCCUUCAACGCGCUGACCAGACGCAGGCACCAUUGCCGGGCAUGCGGACAUGUGGUCUGCUGGAAGUGCUCGGAUUACAAAGCCCAGCUGGAGUAUGAUGGAGGGAAGGUGAGCAAGGUGUGCAGAGACUGUUUCCUCCUUAUCAGCGGCUUCACCGACGGCGAAGAGAAGAAGAGAAAAGGCAUCUUAGAGAUUGAGUCUGCAGAAGUGUCCGGAAACAGCGUGGUAUGCAGCUUCCUGCAGUACACAGAGAAGUCGAAGCCAUGGCAGAAAGCAUGGUGUGUGAUUCCCAAGCAGGACCCCCUGGUGCUCUACAUGUAUGGUGCACCUCAGGACGUGAGAGCCCAGACCACCAUCCCACUGCUGGGCUACGUGGUGGACAAUCUGCCUCGCAGCGCCGACCUGCCGCACAGCUUCAAGCUGACACAGUCCAAGUCUGUGCACAGCUUCGCCGCUGACAGCGAGGAGCUCAAGCAGAGGUGGCUGCGGGUCAUCUUACUGGCAGUCCAGGGAGAGACACCAGAGGGGCUGGGCGAACCACCAGGCACCGUGGAUGAGCCAUCCGACCAGCGCAGGAGAUCAGAAUGUUGAGCCACCACACCCACUGGGCCCUUUGCCUCCGAGCACUUUACGUUGGAAGGACAGAUCCCAGGUCGCACAGGAAAGGGUGAGCACCAGGAAGGAAGCUUCCCCAUCAGCUCGGCGUCUGUCAGUCCUUGGGGAACCCCGUAGCCCUCCUGCCCAUGGUGCUUGAGUUUGGCGUUGCAUGGUGCAGGCUCAGGCCUCACUGCAGUCUAGAGUUCCAGCAGCAGAAAGAGCAUCAUCCAUCUGUCUUUUCCAAGCAGAAGACAAAGAAAGGACAGCCGGUCAUGUUCCGAUUUUGACUUAAGGAAAGAAAAUACUUGUUUUUAUAGAGAUCCUAAGCAUAUCUAAGUACAUAGUAAUUAUGUGUAUAUUGUAUUAAAUAGAAAUAUAAAUAUGUGUAUAUAUGCUCCAUGCUCUUCAACGUUAGGUUCCUAUUUGUCUCUAAUUUAUUUUUAAAAUACAAAGCAUGUUUUAUCUUGGAUGAAUAGUAUUCUAAAGGUCAAUGUUUUGGGUGAUGUACGUAUAAUGGAUUGCCAUCAAGGGUAUUGGUAUUUUUAUAAUGAGAAAAGUCUGUCAUUUCUGUGUGUGAAUUCCCAGCAGUGUCUCAGCUCCGCACCUGGCUGGUGCCUAUACGCAGUGCCUGUCUCUGAUGGUGCUAACAUUGUGUGGGAGUAGCGGACGGGUAGGGUCUGACUCCA